GUCUUUUUUUCUAAUCUAAAUUUCAUAGAUCCAGCUGAGAUAGAUCAGCCCAAACCCACAAAACUUCCUGUAAGGAUUGAGCCAAAGUUACCUCCAAACUGUAAAAAUCUGACGGUUGAGUACACCUGUUCAGAAAUCAGACUUCCUGGAAAACAAAUGAAUCUGUCUGUUCUGGAGCCCUACACUGACUACAGCUGCACUGGAGAGAUCAAGAAUGAAACCUUUGUUUUUAUCAGAACUCCACCUGUCAUCUUUAACAUUGACUGUGGUUUUUAUAUCGAUGGAAGAAGCACAUCAGACAACACUUCUAUUCAACUGGACUGGACAUCAACUAAUAGGAGCUGUGGUGUUGAUCUCCCAAAACUUUCUUAUAUCUGCAGCUGUGACACAAAGUAUGACAAAAAAUCAAGAGUUGAACCAUGUGUGUUUACUGGACUGGAACCGUACCGUGAUUAUACUUGUGAAGUUCAUCCCACCUACAACAAUGAGAAGGUUAAUCGAGGAUGGAAAAUAUCACUCGAAACAGAUCCUGGAGUCCCAAAAACACUUCAGUAUUUGAGUCUGACGGCUCCAGAGAAUAACGUCAUUGACGUAAGGUGUGAUGAGCCAAGAAAGUUGUAUGGACCAAAGGGGAGGUACAAAGCACGUCUCCAUGAUCCUAAUGGUCCUGUAAAGGAGGAAAAGAACUCCUAUUGUUACUUCAAAUUCAAAGAUUUAAGUUACUCCACAACCUACAGAGUAGAGGUGACUGUCUACAAUGGAUUCUAUGAGAGCCCCGCUGUGAUCGGAAACAUUAAAACUUCCUACAACGACAAAGGGGUUGUUGGUUUCCUGAUCCUCCUGACUUUCCUCUUUUUCUUGUUUCUUACAAUCUGCUUGAUAAAGCACAGAAAGUUCCUAAGAUCUCAGCUUUGCCAUGAUGAUGAAGCUGAAAAGAUGAUGCUCAACUCAACAGCAAUUUAUGCCAAUCCCCCUCGUCUGGAAAAGCCAUAAAGAUGUUAAAGAAGAGAAGAAGGAUCAAAAGUCUGUCAGCCUUUAAUUUCUUGGUUGUUUUUACUCUAGUAGGAAACAUUUUAUUGGAUUAUCAUUUGAGUUUAAGCUUUCCUUUAAUGCAAAGUUGCUUUUUUCAUUAAUUACAUUUUUCUAGUCUCAGAACAAUAAUGAUACAUGCUUUUGUUUUUAGGGUAAACUUAAUGGAUAUUAAAUGUUAUUUUGUUAUAGUGUGGUUCACCUUUGGCAGUCUUUGUGUUUCGCAGAAUAUUUUCAGAUCAACUUUUUUUGCUUGUAUUUCACCAGCGUACUGUAUUCUGUUUCUUGAUUGGUUGUUGAUCUAAUCAAUCUUUUCUGUACAAAGACAUGGCACAUGCAGCUUGACAAAAUGACACCCAUUUUUAUGAGAUCUUUGUUUUUGUUCUACAAUAUUGGACUUUAACAGAAGUGAAAAUGUUCAUGUGUGUUUGAGAAAAGUGUAUAAAAUGUGUGUGGUGAAGAGUUUUACAGCCUUAAACUUCUGUAAUCCUACUUUGUGGAUUUGUCUUAUUGUAGGUUAUUCAUGGAACGUAUCCCAUGUGAUCAUGAGGGAACGCUGUAGCACUGUUGCCUCUCAAUAUCUGAUUAAAGGCUCAUUGUUGUUUAUUCAAAAUGCUCA